CGUGGCGUAUACGUGUUUAGCUUAUUCAUAAAGUAAUAAUCCCCAUAAUCGACAAUGGCGGCAGACAAAGUACCCGAAUGGUUUGUUGCAGAUCUUUUUGAAGAUGUUCUCAAGUCUAGUGUGGAGGGCUACUCGAAGAUUCGUAGUUUUAAAGCGGAAAGCGGAUCUGCAGCGGGAGAUAACUACGCCACUAUUAUGUUGCGAGUUCAUAUCGAAGCUGAGCUGCAGGAUGGUACGAUCAAACAGGUGUCUUAUAUGGUUAAGUUGCCGCACCAAUCGGACGUUUACAAAGAAAUGAUGAAACACACUAACAUCUUCCACAUCGAACGCACCAUGUAUAAUGAGGUUGUUCCUGAGAUGGAGGCACUUUAUAAAGAGGCAGGUGUGGAGAUCACGUUCGGAGCUAAGAGCUACGAUCUGACGAACGCCAAGACCGAUUACAUUGCUUUGGAGGAUCUGUGUAUCAAGGGUUUCAAAAAUGUCAAUCGUCUGGAGGGACUCGAUCAGGUGCACACUGAGAAAGUUCUCCGGAAACUGGCACAGUGGCAUGCUGCAACAGCAGUAAGGGUGGCCACGAAAGGACAGUAUCCGGAAAUAGUUUUAAACGGUUUCUUUAAAAAGGAAAACAAGCCGUUGAUGAACGAAAUGAUUAACGGAAUGGGAAAGGUAUUUCUCAAGUGCUGUGCCACAUACGAAGGUCAUGAGGCUUACAUUGACAAAAUCAAAGCCUUGCAACCUGUGGUGAUCGAUGAGAUGUUCAAGUUAGGCGAGGUCGACCCUAUGGAUUUCAAUGUGUUGAACCACGGGGAUUCUUGGUCAAAUAACAUUAUGUUCCAGUACGAUGAUAAUGGCAAAAUCAAGGAGGUCUACAUGGUAGAUUACCAGGUCUCGAAGUAUGGAACUGUGGCCCAGGACCUGCUCUAUUUACUGAUAUCUUCCACUAAGCUGGAAGACAAACUAAGCAAAUUCGAUUACUACGUAAAGGUGUAUCACGAUAGUUUGGUAGAGCACCUCAAGAUCCUUAAAUAUUCCAAACCAUUACCAAGCCUACGUGACAUUCACAAGGCGUUGCUUAGGUACGGUCUUUUUGCAUACUCCGUGGCUACAGGUGUGAUGGCAGCCGUUCUGGUUGAUCCCACCGAAAGCGCCAGUUUUGAUAACUUUGUGGGUGACUCAGAGGAGGGAGCGAACUUCCAAUUGAAAAUGUACAAUAAUGCUCGCUAUCGAAAACAUAUUGAGAUGGUCUUGCCCUGGCUGCUUAAUCGUGGUGCCCUGGAUAUCAACUAGAAAAAUGAAUUCCAGUUUAUAUUGUAAAUGAGGAGGUGUUUUCCUUAGAUAAUUGAGCUUAGUUCAGUAUUAAAAUACAAAUUGAAAAACAAAUCAGUAAAUAAAUAGAUGUUCUAUACUCAUAACAAGUCUAA